CUCAAUUCGAACUCCCUAUCCGAGAAAAGAGGGAUUUUCUUUUUCCGAAAGUUACUUGGGUGAAUAAGAAGGGAAGCCCAGUUCUACUCUCGAAGUGUCGAUGCUGUCUCUUCGACGGAUAUUAUCACCGUGCUGUGUGGGAACCGAGCAUCAGGAGUAGCAGUAGACUCAUUUCCUCCUCCAUCUGUUGGAGACGUCUGGGACGCAUUCGCUCUUGGUUGAGCACGCGAAACUACUUUUAUAUUUCUGCUCGAUUUACGAAGAGAUCUGUCUUUUGGAUACACAUACCAAUUCUACUGAGGGUGGACAUAAUAGCGUAUAAUCAUUCUAUAUCAAUGUUUUAAUGCACCGAUGAGAGAUCCAGUUUACACAGGGACUGCCAUGGCUUAUCACCCUUUCCACGCUCACCGGCCGGCCGACUUUCCUAUGUCAGCCUUCCUUGCAGCUGCACAGCCUUCCUUCUUCCCCGGACUGACGCUGUCUCACGGCGGUCUCACCAAACCUCUAUCAGGCCAUGCUUUAUCUGGAGCCGCGGAAGCGGGACUCCACGCGGCGUUGGGUCAUCACCAUCAAGCGGCUCACCUCCGCUCCCUCAAGAGCUUGGAGCCGGAGGAAGAGGUGGAGGACGACCCAAAAGUCAAUCUGGAGGCCAAGGAUUUAUGGGACCAAUUUCACAAAAUAGGAACGGAGAUGGUUAUUACGAAAUCAGGAAGGUAAAGCCAUGCUUCCCUUUAUUUAGGCUACUGUUAUGCGCGCAUAUUAUAGGCAAUGUUAUGUGCACUGCUGCGUAAGUUUAUUUUAUUAGGAAAUGGUUAUAAAUGAAUCACUCAUAGUGAUAGUCAUACUGGAUCAAGUAAUAGUAAUCCAAAAGGCGGUGUCGCUGGUGCUGCCAAAGGCUAUCAAAUAUUUAUGAGAGAUUUUUAGCUUUCUAGGCUACUGCAUUAAUAGCCAACUAUUUUCUCCAAAAACACAGAUCUUUAUUUACAUUGCACCCCUAAUUAUUAAAAUAUCACUGUUUAUGAAAGUCUGGUUGGCUAUUGAGUGAUUUAGGAUAAGCAUAGGCUACUGUUCACACAUUAUAGAGGGAUAGACCUAACACGAGAAUAAUAAACGAAUGAACCAAUUCAAUCAAUCAAACAAUGCAUGCAUGUGUCGAAACAAGUGCGUUUGAAGAAGAAAAAAGUAAAUCGUGUGGUUAGGCUAUAUAGGCGAACUUUUGUGCUGAAUUCCAAGGCGUGACCGUAGACGUCUUGGUGUAGACUACACCCCCUCGGUUUUGUCAGUACUUUAGAUAACCUGUAUUUUCUUCUCAAAGAAACAAUUAUAAAUAUAAUGUGUUUAGUGUUAGGUAUAGUACAAUCAAUGUGAAUAAAAUCCAGAUUUUUUUUUUUUUCGAAUGCCAUAAUUUUAAGACAGAUGAUUGACAGGCCCAGUGUGCUCACUCUUGUUUUAUUCUAUUGCAGGAGGAUGUUUCCCCCAUUCAAAGUUCGCGUCAAUGGGCUUGAUAAGAAAGCCAAGUAUAUCCUCCUUAUGGAUAUAGUCUCUGCUGACGACUGCCGCUACAAGUUCCACAACUCGCGUUGGAUGGUAGCUGGGAAAGCCGACCCGGAGAUGCCCAAACGAAUGUAUAUCCAUCCGGACAGCCCUGCCACAGGAGAGCAGUGGAUGGCGAAGCCUGUUGCUUUUCAUAAACUCAAGUUGACUAAUAAUAUCUCCGACAAGCAUGGAUUUGUAAGUAAUUUCUUGAUUUAAUUUGAUGACAUCUCGAUGAAAGAUGAAUUAGCCUUUUGUGUAAAACUAACCCGGGCUAUUGGCAAGGGUUCAAUGCUGAUAUUCCUGCAAUUUUGUAGACGCACAUAACAAAGGUUUUUGGAUUAUGUGUAUGACCUAGGUCUAAUGUAAUUAUGGUACAUAUUAUUAUGAGGUCAAUAGUAGGCCUAGAAUAAUCUAUAUUUGUAAUGUCUUUGGAGGCUAUAACAUCAGUUGAUCAAUUAUUUAAACUUUAUUGAUAACCAACAACAAUGCAAAAUGAUGCAUUAGAAUAUCACAAAAAUAUUGAUAGGACAACAGUAAUCCACCAUGCAUCUCCAAAAUAGUUUUAAGGCUCAACAACAGUGGUUCAGAUUUGAUGUAUUGUUUUUUAAAGUAUUGAAUUCGUGGUAUGUUUUGGUGCGGAGUGACAAAGUUUGCAGUUAAGUCAAGUGGCAAGAACCAGGUCAAAGACAUAGAGGGCAGACUUUAUCUCUCUUUUGUUGGUUAUGGUAGUGUUUCCUUUCAGUGCAAUUUGGAUAAAAAGAUUGCAAGAGUGGUGCUUUGAAAUGGUAGCAGAUACUCGCUCAAUACUUACAUGCAAAAGCAAUAACAACCAAGUAUCCCAAAUGCUUUCCAAUAGACUACUGCCUACGUCGCUGUAUAGGCCAGUAUUUUGAAUAUGAUUUCAAUACAGUUUUGAUUUGAUGGUAUUGUGAAAAAAAAAGUCAUUCAGUUAUUGUUGCAUGCUCUUUUCGUUUUUUUGCAUGUCUAAUGCAGGUUAUCACAAUCCAAAUUAGGCAAAGCGUUACAAGAGCUGUUGAUUUCAUAACCAUGUUCAGCCUACAUACCCUACGCAUUUAUGAAAAGUCAUUGAAACCUUUUCAAAGAUGUUGCAAAUGCUUCAUACGUUAAUAUGAAUUGGCAAGUGCAGUAAAACAUUUGGGGAAAGUUUAUAUAAAUGCAGAAUCCCACGUAACCGGUUUAUAUAGGUCUAUACAUGUAAUAACAACAGCAAUGGGAUAAUGAUAAGACAUAAUCAUGAUCUUUAGUUCCACAUUAUAACCUGGAUGGUAGGCUCCAGUAAAUGACUGUGCCCCAAUAAACGCUCGAAAUAGUUAACAACUUGUGUAGUAGGCCUACAUUUGUUAUAUUUCACUGUAGAGUAAAUCAUGAUUUAAGGAAAUCAUUGGCCUAUACAAAUUAAUAAUGCAUUAUUAAACACAGUGUGUGUUUCGGUGGAAUGUAUACAUUCCCUGCAAUAACACAAGAAAUACAAGUGCUAACAAAUCAACGAAAUCAUAAUUGUUAUUGUCAUCAUUAUCUCAGUUCCAACCAAAACGUGUAUCAGCAUGAUCACCUUAACAUAUUUUCUGUUUCUUUGCAUUCUCAGACUAUCCUGAAUUCGAUGCAUAAAUACCAGCCCAGGUUUCAUAUCGUGAGGGCCAACGACAUUCUGAAGCUCCCUUACAGCACCUUCCGGACAUACGUUUUUCCAGAGACAGAUUUUAUCGCUGUCACUGCAUAUCAGAAUGACAAGGUAAGCUUUACCAGAAAAUAAUAUCCGAAACGUCUAUUUUAAAUGUUAGACUAUUGAAUAUUGACUGCUGAAUGUGUAAACACUGUUGUGUAUUCAAAAUUAGGCCUAUUCUACUUAUGUUUUAGUUUUUUUUUAACCUAUGGUGUGUGUGUGUGCGCGAGAGAGCGAGAGAGAGAGCGAGAGAGAGAGCGAGAGAGAGAGAGAGAGAGAGAGAGAGAGAGAGAGAGAUGGCUUAAACCAUAGUUUCACAGUUUCAUAAGUUCUCUAAAAUAUACAUAUAUAUAUACACAAACACACACACACACACACACACACACACACACACACACACACACACACACAUAUAUAUAUAUAUAUAUAUAUAUAUAUAUAUAUAUAUAUAUAUAUUUAUACACUACCAGUCAAAAGUUUGGUCACACAUACUCAUUCAAGGGUUUUUCUUUAUUUUUACUAUUUUGUACAUUGUAGAAUAAUAGUGAAGACAUCAAAACUAUGAAAUAACACAUAUGGUAGUAACCAAAAAAGUGUUAAACAAAUCAAAAUAUAUUUUAUAUUUGAGAUUCUUAAAAUAGCCACCCUUUGCCUUGAUGACAGCUUUGCACACUCUUGGCAUUCUCUCAACCAGCUUCAUGAGGUAGUCACCUGGAAUGGAUUUCAAUUAACAGGUGUGCCUUCUUAAAAGUUAAUCUGUGGAAUUUAUUUAAUUCUUAAUGCGUUUGAGCCAAUCAGUUGUGUUGUGACAAGGUGGCAAAAACAGCUUAAAUAAGCAAAGAGAAACGACAGUCCAUCAUUACUUUAAGACAUGAAGGUCAGUCAAUCCGGAAAUGUCAAGAACUUUGAACUUUGCAGUCGCAAAAACCAUCAAGCACAAUGAUGAAACUGUCUCUCAUGAGGACCACCAUAGGAAUGGAAGACCCAGAGUUACCUCUGCUGCUGAGGAUAGGUUCAUUAGAGAUACCAGCCUCAGAAAUUGCAGCCCAAAUAAAUGCUUCACAGAGUUCAAGUCACAGAUACAUCUCAACAUCAACUGUUCAGAGGGGACUGUGUGAAUCAGGCCUUCAUGGUCGAAUUGCUGCAAGGAAACCGCUACUAAAGGACACCAAUAAUAAUAAGAGACCUGCUUGGGCCAAGAAAUAUGAGCAAUGGACAUUAGACCAGUGGAAAUGUGUCCUUUGGUCUCCAAAUUUGAGAUGUUUGUUUCCAACCGCCGUGUCUUUGUGAGACAUGGUGUGGGUGAACGGAUGAUCUCCGCAUGUGUAGUCCCCACCGUAAAGCAUGGAGGAGGAGGUGUUAUGAUGUGGGGGUGCUUUGCUGGUGACACUGUCUGUGAUUUAUUUAGAAUUCAAGGCACACUUAACCAGCAUGGCUACCACAGCCUUCUGCAGUGAUAUGCCAUCCUAUCUGGUUUGGGCUUAGUGGGACUAUCAUUUGUUUUUCAACAGGACAAUGACCCAACACACCUCCAGGCUGUGUAAGGGCUAUUUUACCAAGAAGGAGAGUGAUGGAGUUCUGCAUCAGAUGACCUGGCCUCCACAAUCCUCCGACCUCAACCCAAUUGAGAUGGUUUGGGAUGAGUCGGACGGCAGAGUGAAGGAAAAGCAGCCAUCAAGUGCUAAGCAUAUGUGGGAACUCCUUCAAGACUGUUGGAAAAGCAUUCUAGGUGAAGUUGGUUGAGAGAAUGCCAAGAGUGUGCAAAGCUGUCAUCAAGGCAAAGGGUGGCUAUUUGAAUAAUCUCAAAUAUAAAAUAAAUUUUGAUUUGUUUAACACUUUUUUGGUUACUACAUGAUUCCAUAUGUGUUAUUUCAUAGUUUUGAUGUCUUCACCAUUAUUCUACAAUGUAGAAAAUAGUAAAAAUAUAGAAAAACCCUUGAAUGAGUAGGUGUGUCCAAACUUUUGACUGGUAGUGUGUAUAUAUAUAUAUGGUUAUAGUUGGACCUGAGGUGUCAGUUAACUUUCGUUUGGAAUGUUUUAGGCUACUCAAUAACUUAUCGUAUAGGCCUAAUGUUGGCUAUAGCAACCCCUCCCCUGUUGAUGUUAAUUGGAGUACAUGUUGAAUGCCUAGUGGGCUUGUUGGUAUCAUAAAAUGUAUGGUACAGAGUCACAAUUGAUUAGAAGGCAGUCAUCCUCACUAUGUCCUCGAGCUAUUUCAUGGAGACUCCAAAGCAGUUCUGAACAAACAAUCAAAGCAUGCAAUCCACUAACGCAAUGCAUGAACACACACAGCUUGGGAAAAACACAAAAGGACAGACGAAAAUUAAUACAUGAACGAAUAGUAUUGUUCCUAAAUGAACAAGGCCGUGUGUGAGUGCAAUUAAAGUUCAAAAGUAGCUUUCAAUAAAAAGUAGCAUUCAGUCUCUGAAAAAAUGACAUCAGCGUAUACUAAUCGAAAUGUUAGGUAUAGUACUUUCCUUUAAGAAGAAUUAUGAAUAAUUGAAGCGCUUUAGUAAUUACACUUCAUCAACAGAGAUGCUUGUCUUGCCUCUCUAGAGCGCACGAGAUAACAAGCACAGCAGUCCCCAGCACCAUACAAUUGCUAUUGUUACAAUUAUUAUCCCAUCAAUAAUGCCGGUUAAAUCAGUGGCAUUAUUUUGCUUAUCAGUGUCAUUAUAAUUAUUAUUAUUAGUGGUAGGCCAAGCAAUUUAAGAAUAGUACAUUUGAAAUACAUUUCAGUAUUUUCAGGAUCCCAUUGUUGAUGCCAUGCACUCUCGUUUUCUCUACAGAUCACACAGCUCAAAAUUGAUCACAACCCAUUUGCUAAAGGGUUCAGAGACACGGGAAAUGGACGACGGGAAAAGAGGUAUAUUAUUUUAUUCGAUAUUGAAUAAAAAAAUAUGACCAUGAAAAUAUGACCAGGAGUUGAUUGUCCCAUGGGGAUAAAAAACAAUAAUUGCCAGACCGAGCAUUAUUGUGUAGUGAUUUGAUCAAAAUACAGAUGCAUUAACUAAUCUCAGUCCCGUCUGCAGGAAGCAGUUAACCCUUCCAUCGCUGCACAUGUAUGAGGACCGGGACCUUAAAGGGGACCGGGACUGUGCCGACUCAGAUGACUCCUCCUUUGAACAAACCACCGGAAGAGACUCGGUUCAUUCUCCACUGGGACCUGUAACUAGUCCACUGAGGUUCAACCGAACCAGUCGAGGUAAGACUGCUCAUAAAACAUUGUUUACAUUACUUUGCGUGUCCACUAAUUGGUCAUUUUGAAGAUGCCAGUAAUUAAGGCUUGAUAAAUACAAAUGGGCACAAAGCUGAAAGGUUGUUAUUAUGUGUCAUUAACCUGAGGAGAAUUGGGUGGUUUACAAUUGGAUAAGAGAGAAAAAUAAUAUUUGUAAGAGAAAAGAAGAAGAAAAAGUGGAGAGAUCUCUGCGUGCUGUGUGCUCCGUUGUGACAUUGGUUUAAAGUUAAGGAGAAGGUAUAAACGUGUGGUACAACAUAAAAUAAGGCAAAAUUCAUUAAAAGGAGAAACAAUAGCAUACACGAUGACUUCUUUAUCCACAGUAUACUAUUUUACGUACCCAUAUCUCAAUAGAACACGAAAGCUAGGCUUCAUGCAUCAGUGUAGCUUGAUCCAAUGCGCCAUCUACUGACAGGUCCAUAAACAUUCAGCCCCUUGAUUACUGUAGUAUGGUUUUCAGAUCAUUAUUCGAUAGUUAUGCAUUAGAUUAUCAACCAAGCACUAAACGAUGGCCUAUAGUUCAACUGCGGAAGCUUUAUAGAACGACUUUAAAACAAAAUGCAUGUCAAUCUUACCAGCGAACCAUACCUUUUUACGAGCAGAAGGGAAGUGGUUAGGAAAUGAACGUUAACACUAAAUCACGACUCCUUCCUUCAAAUAAUAUAUAAAGUAAUACCACGCAUGUGCUGGUUGUGAUUUUAAAUGGUUUUAGCAUACUGGAAGCUAUACAUAGGCUAGACCUACUCAUCAUAGCCUCUAGUUAUUUUUGCUUUAAUUGUGCUAUAGGCUAUGCAAAGCCUUUAAGUUAGACUUGAGAGUUUUUAAAUACAUUCUAUUAUAUUGUAUCAUAAAAUGUCGAUAUCUUAAUGGAAGUUUGAUAUAAUGUUUUAUAGACGACAAGAACUGCACUGACAGCGAUCAGGAGCUUGACCCACAAGAGGAGCGCUCCAUCGCAGCCAGCAGCCCCGGGCCUGAACCAAGCUCUCCUCUCAGUCCUAAAGGCGACAACAGAGUGAGGGAUAGGAUCCUGCUGGAAAAAAAGAGCGACUACCUGGAUUCAAGGAAAGAGAGUGACUCUGUGUUCAGUAUUCGAAAUCUUGAAAAGGUCAAGUUAGAUCAUAAGCACCGCAAAGAGACGGAACCUACAAAGAACGACACGGACAGUGGGGGCAUCAGUGGGGUGAAAGAUGGGUUUUCUCCUCUGAUGGUACAGACGGAGAGCCCAUCACACUUUAGCGCGAGUCACCUGCAGAGUCUGGCCUUCUCUGGUUUGCACAGUCAACAGUUCUUUAACCCUUUGAAUACGGGACAGAUGUUGUUCCACCCCGGACAGUUUGCGAUGGCACCAGGGCCAUUCCCCACCAUGGGAAUGGGGCAUCUGUUUGCAUCUGUUUCUGGAGCGAAUGGCCUGGAAAACGGAGGCCUCUCCUCUCAAAGCGCGGGCUCUCAUAGUGCCUUCCCGUUCCACCUGUCACAGCACAUGCUAGCAUCUCAGGUAAAAAUGAAGUUCUACUCUAACUCAUUUCAACAGACAAGCAUGCAUGACAGCAGCAAUGCAUGCAGUCCUAAUAAUAAUUAUGUCUUCCCAACAACGAAUUACACCACAAUAGAUGUAGCUGAGGAACAAUUCAUAUUUCUCUAAGUUUUCCUGCACAAACUUCUGCAAUUGAAGCGUCUUUUUAGCAUCACUUUCAAUUGCAUUCAUAAUACAUAAUUUCAGUAUAUUUCAUGUAGAUGUAUGACUUUAUGGAGAAUGAAUAAAGUAGCCUAUAUUGGGUUAUUCCAAACAAAUUGGGACCUUGUGGAUGCCUUUUUCGAUUUUAUUGAGAACAUGAAAAUAUAAUUUUGAUUAUAGAUAGACAUAGGCCUACUUUUGUAAUGGUAGUAGAUUAGAUUAUUUUAAUAGCCUGUAGGCUACAGUUGUCGAUGAAAGAGACAGAGAGAAAAUAAUGUAACUCUAAAAUGUUUUCAGGGGAAAUGUUCAACAAAAACCACCCAUGCAUAUUGAAGAUUAUGACAGGCCCGGAAUUCUGUCUUUAUAGCAUUUGUGCAUGUAUAAUCAUUUCUUAUUUUUUAAACACAGGGAAUUUCGAUGCCACCUUUCGGAGGACUGUUCCCGUAUCCAUACACCUACAUGGCAGCUGCAGCUGCUGCGGCCUCGGCCCUCCCCGCCUGCACUGCAGCCUCCACAUUGGGCAGAAACCCUUUCCUAACCACCUCCCGACCUCGGCUGCGAUUCAACCCUUAUCAGAUCCCCACGUCUAUUCCUUCAAGCACAAACCUGCUCACCACAGGGCUACCGGGCAGUCUAAACGCAGCAUCAGACCUAUCUAAAUCAGACAGCAGAGAAACAAGUCCUGUAACCGAGCACCACAGCCACAAAGCGACCAGCCUGAGGACGGCAUCCCUCAAAACUCCUAAGAAGGAUUCUACUAACGAACUGCAAAAUAUACAGAGGCUGGUCAGAGGACUGGAAAAACCUAGAGAAAUGUCUCCUGCCAUUGACGCUCCAAAGUGACCAAACCACCUGUUUCAUCAAGGUAUAUUUGACAUGAUACUGUCGGGCUAUAUACACAGUUGUGCUGAGAGUGAGAUGGGGAGUUCAU